GGCGGAGCACGCGCCGCCCGCCGCCGCCCCGCCGCCGCCAGCGCGACGCGCGCGCGGCCGAGCCGAGCAGGGCGGGGCCGCCCCCGGACGACGCCCGCCGUGCACCAGCGCACCGCAGCAUGGCCUUCCUGCUGCUCGGCGGCGGCGGGGGCGCGGCCGCCGUGGACUACGCGGCGUCCAAGCUGGCCGGCCCGGCGGGGCUCUGGAAGCAGGCCGCCUCGGAGUGCAGCGACAGGGCCAAGAGGAAGCCGCAGCGCCCGUUCGCCGAGUGGUGGGCCGAGCACAAGGCCGCUCCGCCCGGCGACCGGGACGGCGCCGCCCUGCGCGCCCGGCUGCGCGGCGGGGUGCCGCCGGAACUGCGGGCGGAGGCGCGGCCGUCGUCGUCGUCGUCGACCAGCCCGGAGAAGAGAGGAGCCUCUUCCGCAGCGAGGACGUGCCAGAGAGCGUCGCCAAGCUCAUCGACACCGACGUACCCCGCACAUUCGCUCACUCGCAGGAGAGUUCAAGGACGCGUGCAGCGCGGACAGGCUGCGCAGCGUGCUCCGGCGCUUCGCGGCGGCCAACGCAGACAUAGGAUACGUGCAGUCGCUGAACUUCUUGGCCGGCAUCCUGGUGCUCGUCCUCGGCGCCGACGAGCAUGUGCCCGCCGCCAUGGGCGCGCUCGUCGCGUUGCUGCGGGCCCGCCAGUGGUACGCGGAGGGGAUGGAGCAGCUGCGCGCCGACGCGCUGGUGCUGCGGGACCUGCUGCAGGAGAGGCUGCCCGUAAUCAACGGCGCGUUCAGGACCGGACACACGACUUCGAGCCCCUGCUCGUGACCCCCAAGUGGUUCCUGUCGCUCUUCUCGAUCCGGGGCGAGGCGCUCCUGCGGGCGUGGGACGCCGUGCUCGCCGACGGCAUCGAGGCCGCGUUCCGCAUCGGCCUGGCGCUCUUCGCCCGCAGGGAGGAGGAGACGAUAGUCCGCGCGGACGCCAUUGAUGACAUUGCGGCCCUGUUCUUGUCGCCCCAGGGCGAGGUUCCGCCAGAUGUUCUCCUGGCAGCUGCCUACCACAAGUCGCUGCUCGGAUCCGGCAUUGACAAGUCGGAGCUCGAGAAGAGGCGGUGCCGCGCCUUGUCCAAGAUCUCCUCCAGCGACAGCAAUUCGCCUGGAGGCGGCCUCAUGGCCAAGAGGGCAAUGGUGCCCUACCUGUUCGCGAGGGGCACGCGCGACCUGAUGGACGCUGGCCGCAAGGAGCGCGGCGGCUCCGAGGGCUACAAGUUCGGCGAUAUGUCGAGGGGCAUCGCGUCGAGGGUGGAGUCCAAGCUCAAGGAGAGAGCGGCGGCGACAGCUUCGGUGGCUUCUCCCGCGGCGUCGCAUCGAGGCUGCAGGCAACGUUCGGCGGCGGCCUCGGCAGCCGCCCGCCCGGCGAGCGGCCCGCCGGCGAGGGCGGGGAGUGCCCCCCGCCGCCCGGGGGCGAGGGCGCCGCCCGGGCCUCGCCGCUGGUGGGCACGUGGCGGUACGGCGAUUGCGAGGUGCUCUGCGGAGGGAAGCGAGGGGCCGUCUGGCCGCCACCACCACCACAGGUGCGGGUCGCAGAGGCGGGCCAGCCCUCGGCGGGCGGGGCCGCCGAGCUGCGCUUCGAGGAGCGCAUGGUGUGGGGCGGCAGGAUGUCUGGAGUGCUGCGCCAAGAGGGCGACUGGCACGUCGGGCCCGCGGUGGCGGACGGCGAGGAAACGGUGGGCACCAUGCGCAUGCGGCUCAGCGACGACACGGGGCUGCUGGUGGCCAGCUUCCGGGCGGCCGGCGAGACCGUGUGGAGCGAGGACGCUUUCGCAAGCAGGGUGGCGGAGCGGGCUGACUGACCGCGAGUUUGCCGCCCAGAUGGAGGACAUGCCCGACCGAAGGGUAGGCCGGUCUCACCGCCCGCGCCGUCCGCCUCGGCACCGCAGCGCCUGGGCCCCCCCGCCACCCGCCCCUCGUGGCGUCGCGCGCGCGCGCGUGCCGACGCCCAACACCAACCGCUGCAUUCGCCACGUUCGCAGGGCAGCCCUGCGAAGGUCAUGAGGCGUGUACAGUAUCGCUGUCCGAUAUAUAGCGUAGAACGCAAUUCCAGUGGUGCUCUCCGCCGGUGUCUCGAGGGCAGUUCCAGUGGUGCUCUCCGCUGGUGUCUGGAGGCUUGUGGUAGCACACGUGGCACGAAAC